CCAAAUCGAGAUAAUAAAAACUUCUGUUUCAGUAAUGCAUGAUCAAUGUAUUUGAUGAGAUUGUAUCAGAUUACAAUCAUGUGUGUUCAUGUGUGUUUGUAAAUGCCAUUGCAGUGGCUUCCGUAAAUACACAAAUGCUUUAUAUUUCCUCACUGGCUGCUCACAGUCAUCGAGUAGAGGUCAAUAACCGGGAAUCUCCUCUUAUCAGGAAACGUUCUGGUGAUUUGUUGUCAUGGCUGAGCUACAGAUUCGUCGCUACCACAAAGAUGAUGAUGAGGAUGUGAAGGAGAUUUUUACCCUGGGAAUGAGCGAGCAUAUCCCAUCCUCCUGCAUGCAUGUUCUCAAACAGCCCCUGCCACAGAUGAUUUUGGUGUGUGUGUUUUGCGCUAUAGUGACCAGCUCCAAGUCCAUUCUUUUGCCCAUACUGACAGUGACCCUGCUCUUGGCUGCAGGCCGGCUAGGUGUGAGCUACAUGUUCACAAAGUACAUCCAGACCUCCCUUAAUCAAGAUCUCAACAAUAUUCGACAGACCUACCUGGAGUCACCAAACUCCUGCUUCUGGGUGGCCGAGAGUCAAGGCCAUGUUGUGGGUACAGUAGCGUGUUUACCUGUGCAAUUCGAGAACUACCUGGAACUGAAGCGUAUGUCUGUGAAAAAGUCUCACCGGGGACAGGGCAUUGCCAAAGCACUGUGCCGUACAGUGGCAGAUUUUGCUCGUGAACGUGGUUUUCAAGGAGUAGUGCUUCACACAUCGGUGGUCCAGAAAGACGCACAGAAGCUCUACGAACAAAUGGGUUACCACAAGAUCAGAGAAUUUGUUGCUCCGGAAGCAAUUGCCAGGCUUACUAAUUUCACAUUAAUGGAGUACCGACUCAACCUAAAACGGAAUCGUAACUGAUGCUGUGAACUUCACAAAGAUCGCCAUCCUCUCAAUGAUGCAGCCAGGCUUUUUAACACAAUGGAGCAUAACACUAUCAUCGUUUGUGUACCUUAACCUGAAAACAUCCACCUUGGAAAAGGGAACCUCAAGGUUUUUUGUUUGUUAGUUUUUCAAGUUUCGUCUACAUAUGGCUCAUUUUUUUUCCAGUCUUAAUUUUUUAACCUACUUUAAUUACCCGAAUAAAACUAAAAUUAAAAUAUUGUCUAAGCAUCACUAAUGGACUUAGUUAUAUUAUGUUAUAAUGUUACUUUUACCAUAGUUAAUAUAAUAUUUAAAGGGAUAAUUCACCCAAAAAUUAAAAUUUACAUUUACUUACCCUCAUGCCAUCCCAAAUAUGAAUGACUUUCUUUCUUCUGCUGAACACAAAGAUUUUUAGAAUAUCUCAGCUCUGUUGGACCUCACAAUGCAAAUAAAUGGUGACCAAAACUUUGAAGCUCCAAAAGGCACAUAAAGGCAGUAUAAAAGUAAUACAUAUGACUCCAGUGGUUUAAUCCAUGUCUUCAGAAACUAUCUAAUUGGUUUUGGAUAAGAACAGACCAAAAUAUAUCUCCUUUUUCACUAUAAAUCUUAACAUCAGCAGUCUCCUUGGCGAUCGUGAUUUUGAGCUUGAUUAUCCUUCCUAGCGCCAUGUGUUCUGCACACCCGUCAAACGCUAGGAAGUGUAAUCGAGCUUGAAAUCAUGAUCGUGCCUAGAGACUGCAAUGGCAACAUGUACAGUGAAAAAAUAGUCACAUUUCUCAUCUAAAAUCGAUUGGAUCGCACGCAUUGUCAAACCAAGUAUUUAUAUUUGGUAGAUGAGAAACUGUCAUAUGGUGUUUAACAGGAACUGCUUGGAAUGUGAAUUAAGUUUUAUUUCCCUCUCUGUGGUGUUACAAAAACAAUGACUGGACAAGCCUGGCUGAUGAUGAUACAAUGACAUCUGCUUCAGGAGAUUUUGAAGAGAUUGUUUUUAAUAAAUAACAGAAUUAACCCUCUAAUCUUGUAGUUGACCUUUCUCUUUUCAGUGUGGAAAAAGUAAAAAUUUACAGAUUUAUGUGUUUAAUAUAUGAAAGAAUGAAAAUAUAUGAUUGUCCUGUAAUUAAGACCUGUGAAUGAUUAGAAACACCAAGCAUGCAAUGCAAUAUGCAUCUGGAUAAAUUGAUUUGUUCUGAUGAGAAUAAAAUGUAAUUUGCCAUAAUGAAAUAAAUCAAUAAACACUUUUCU